GUUUCACUUUGAUUCUUUCAUAUUUCAUCGCCAUUUUUGGAAAGAGGUUUGGGUGGUUUGUAUUAAAUGAAUCUCUGAAAUCCACAUUAAUUUGCUCUUGUUCUGUGUGCUUAAACAAAUAACUAAAACCUCAUCAUGUGUUUGUACAAUGCCAAGAAUCUGACAAUCUGCCAUCUGCUGAAAGAAUGUGUGUCUCAGCCCCCUGUCUAAACAUGGGGGGACAAUAAGAGGACACGGGUGGGUUUGGUAGAGAAGCAGCUGACUAGAUUCUCCUCUAAAGCCUCAGAAAGCCACACAGCUGAGACUUACUAAACCAAAUGCUGUGCUGUGAGUCAGGAAAUAACAGAGAAACUCCAUAACUGCUGUUUCAUACAAAUUAUUUGGAGUCAUCUCCACAGUGGGGAAAUGUAAAUUGCAGCUGCUCAUUUCAUCAUGCCGCACACCAAACCAUGACAAAAAGAUACCUCAGUGUACUCAAUCAUUUAUUAGAUUUUUAACACAGGGAAAGACCAAGUUACACCCACCAAUCAUAGAGUGUUGCAGUUCUAUCAGCUUUCUAAUUAUAAACCUGAGCUUUGACUCUCCAAGAAUGGAAGUUUAGCCAGGCCCACCAUAUGACCUAAAAUUAGCCCCCACAACCCCCUCAGAAAGGAUCACUGCUCCCCUAUAGUAGGCUAACUUGCACACACACAAAUGCACUUACAGUGCGUACUGCGCAUUUCACAACCGAUAGCUACUUUAGAGGCAUCACACACUCCUUGGAGGACAUCUUUUUCUUUACUUUCUUCAAGUGGAUUUUUCUGCUUUAACUUUGGAAACACAAACCCAAAGUGAGGUGGGUGUAUGGCCAUGAUGGAGAGGUUUUGAUUUGCAUCUGCCUGGAGUUGCAUUAUGGCUCUGGGCCAAGCUGUCAACAUGAGUUUAAUGGACAUUUCUAAGAUCUUCUCCCUGCUGCAGCCCAAGGAGGAGGACGAGGACAACGCGCUGUGUCAGGCCUUGAACAGCGCCGUGAGCAGCGACAAUGUGACUCUGCUCUCUGAGCUGCUUUCUCAGGAGAAUUACAGGAGGUGUAUCAAUGCUCGAAGUGGAUGGGGGGUCCCGGUAACCCCGUUACGCACUGCUGCUUCUCUGGGACACUUGAGGUGCCUGGAGGUGUUGUUGGAGAAUGGAGCAGAGAUAGACCUUUUGGACGUGAAGGCCCAGACGCCGCUGUUCACAGCUGUCAGUGGGAAACAUCUGGACUGUGUGGUCGCCCUGCUGAAAGCUGGAGCCGACCCAAAUGGCAGCCAGUACAACAACUGCUCCCCGGUGCUAACUGCCGCCCGAGAGGGUGAUGUAGACGUGCUCCGAGAGCUGCUGCGGUUCGGGGCCGAGGUGGACGUCAAACCCAAAGUCCCAGAGUGGGCGUCUAAUGCCACAGCCUGCAGAGGGCCCCUCUACAUCUCAGCUGUUUACGGACAUUUGGACUGCUUUAAACUGCUCCUUCUCCAUGGGGCCAACCCCAACUACAACUGCACAGAUGAGAAGAUGCUGGCAAGAAUUAAGCAACCAAAGACAGUUCUGGAAGUGUGUCUCCGUUACGGCUGUGGGGUGGAGUACAUUCAGCUUCUCAUAGACUUUGGGGCAGACGUCUACUUACCCACGCUUAUCAUUGACAAAACAACAAAGCAGAAUGAAGCUCUGGUUCUGCUGCUCAAGGAAAGAGUUUGCCCCAAAACACUGAUGUCGCAGACUCGACUGGCAAUUCGAAGAUGCCUCCCAUUUGCGGACAAGGGGUCUGUGAUUGGCAGUUUGGACAUUCCUCUGAUCCUGAAGAACUAUUUAAGGCACGACACCUCUGAACUGGUGUGAUGUUCAUGUCUGGAUGGCUGAUUUCUUAGUUUUUUUGUUCACUUCUUUCCACAA